GGAGUGGUCCUUGCAAUCAAAGAUGGGCUGUAUGAGAUGAGUAUGCCUGAUGAUGACCAGCACUCUCUGAAGAUCAUGAGGGUGAAGAGUGGCGAUGUGGGUCAACUGAUGUGUGUUGCCUCCAACAAGUUUGGCGUCGACUCCUGCAUCUUUAGUGUGGAAAUGGCAGCACCACCAACCUUUGAGUCCAUCAUGGAGGAUGUGGAUGUGCACAUGGGGGAGACACCUCGCUUGGCUGUGGUUGUGGAGGGCAAGCCCAUUCCCGACAUCCUUUGGUUUAAGGAUGAUACAUUGUUGUGCGAGAGUAGUCACAUCACCUUUCUGUAUGAUGACAACGAAUGCUCCCUUGUGCUGCUUAACACAAGUCCAGAAGAUUCAGGGGUGUAUACCUGCACAGCCAAGAACCUGGCUGGUUCUGUGUCCUGUAAGGCUGAGCUCACCGUGCGCACAGUUAAAGAAGACAAGGAGGAUACAAUGGAGGACAAGGAGACCGUUCUCAGGAAGAUGCGCCGGCUGACUGACUACUAUGACAUCCACAAGGAAAUAGGGAGGUGA